AUGCUUGGAACAUUGAGACUGUUCCUGGAUCCCCUCGUCUCGCUCACCUGGCACCAAUCAUCAAUGAUGAUCUCGAAGACUCAAGGGCAUGGCUCGCAUUUUGCGCGGAAAAUUCGGGACUGGAUUCAUGUGUAUCUAGCCAAACGCGAGCUUCCAAAGCAUAACAUUGGGGAGUACAGCUCUUCACUCAUUGACAACGAGAGCUUUUGUCUAAAAGUCAAACUCCAAGUGCAGACGAUUGCGGCGAAGGAAGGUUAUUUCCGCGCAGAUGACAUUGUCGACUAUGUGGCAUCUGAUGAAGUCCAACGCGAGCUCGAAGAGAUGGGCAUUCCAAUUCAAGAACGGACGAUCUCUGUUUGGACAGCACGUUGGUGGCUUAAGCGGCUGGAUUUCCACUUUGGAGUGAGGAAGAAUGGGAUGUACAUCGAUGGGCACGAGCGUGAAGAUGUUGUGGCAUACCGGAAUGCGUUUGUGAAGCGGUGA